AUGGCAUAUGAGUCAAUCGGCGACAGUGAUGAAAUGACAGUCAAAGAUUAUGUACUCUUGGUUCAAUCUAACCCAUCACCUGCAUCUGUUACCGACAUCACCUGGUCACUGGUUUCGGUCUGGCCUCGCCCUACGAGUGAUUCACAAGAUGCUUCGCCUCGAGCCUGUCAUGUUGAUCCAACGACAGGCGUCUUCUCCAUGUUGUCUUACUUCAACUUGACAAAUGAAAGUUCUCCAAACCCAAACCCGAAGCGUCCACCAGGAGGACUACAAUACGAUCCACGGAACGAUCGCUGGUCCAACUUCACAAUGGCUCCAGAUUACCAUUGGGAUGAUUCUUUAGCGAGAUUCAUUAUUUUUGAGUGGCCAGGGACGUCCAGCCUAUUCCAGGCCAACAUUGGAGCUGAUAAUACUAUCAACAUUGGCAUGCUAGUCAGGAAUAACCAAGGCUUGGACCAAUUUGUCAAUGUGAUAUCCUGGAAUUUGGAUCCUAAUAUUUAUGGUUACCCCGCACGGCUUUUCUAUGGUAACAAUAUGCUCUAUCAAGUCGGUACACACCUCCACAACAACAGGACGGGCGCACUUAAAAAUACUAUGGCCCAGGUCCCAAUCUUCGGUGAUCCGUCCAUGUUUCAACCACCAACUAAUCCACGUAUACUAAACUCCAGCAGCUUGGAUGAUUGCACACCAUCAUUCAUAUCUGCAAAAUAUUACAAAGAUACUCUUUAUAUCUUUUGCCAAGGGCAAGAUAGUGACGGGUUCGCAGGAUAUGGUGAGAUUAUCUUGUAUAAAGAUGGAGAUGACCAUAAUGACGCGAGUGCUAAGUUGAAUGAGCCUUACGUGGUUGAUGUGGAACGAUUCACAGGAGCAUAUGUUCAACCGAUCGAAGGAAUAGAUAUCCAUGAUGAUGGGAAACUCAAAAGGUUCGCAGUCAUGGUCCACACAACAAGCGGACUCCCCAUGAUUGGGAUCUCACUCGAUGAACCGACCUUUGGGAAUACGACGGUUAUCACCUAUGGGAUCAACAUAACUGAUAGCUAUGGUGUCCCACUCAAUCUCCCUGAGAGCAACACCACAGACACUAUCACCGGGGCUUUGAUCGGAGGUGGACUGGCUCUAUCAGCCCUCACAAUAUAUCUUUUUGUUUGCUGGCAGUGGCCACAAUGGCAACGAUGGCUGAUAAACAGGAUUGUAGAAAUAUUGACCGCAGAUGGUGGUGAUGCGGAUGAACAUAAUCAUAGAAGGAAACAGCGCCUUCCUGAGGCUGGAGAAACCAACAAAGUCGAAGACCCUCUCAUUCAUAGUUACGAUUUUGAUGGUGGAGACAAGAUCUUAGUUAUAGACGACGAGAUGUCGACUAAUUUGAAAAAUAAUCCAAUUGUAUAUGUUCAGGAUGUGCCGCUGGAACGGCAUCCAAGACCUUCAUUUGUUACUACAUUAAACUCGGACCAAGGUAUUUCGGACUACACAAGCCGUACUGCUGUAAACCAUACAAAUGGCUCUACUUCCAGAGCGAUACAUGUCCAAGGAUCCGAGAAGCACGGUGUACUGAGUAGAGUUAGCAUCGUGGGCGAAGCAAUAAUCGCAACAACGCGUCGAUCCGUUGCUACAGCCAUCCUACAAACCUCUUCACUAUCCUCGGCAGAAGCCAGCAGCAAAAGUAGCGACGACAUUGGAAAAAGCGAUGGCGUUGGGAUGGCAUUAUCAGCAUCAAAACCACGUGCACUUCGAUUACCGUUGCUAAGGCACCAACCUUCCGCUCCAGUUUUGAAAUUCAGCAAUGGCAAUAGUAGCAACAGCGACAAGGCUUCUACCAUUACCAGUUCAGAGUCAGAAGAAACCCCACUAGCCUCAAUAGAAGGAACAACAACAACAAUAGUUCGUAGCAACCACUGUAAUAGUAUUGAGAAAAUAGAACUACCGACACCAUUCUUGGCAACACCAACUUUAUUAAUGCCGCCAUUACUGCCACCGCCGCAAUCAUCAAUGGGACUGAACCAAAGAAGAACAUCCGUAUAUUCAAUAUCACCAGCCUAUGUUCCAGAGGAAGCAGCCCCUCCUUACUAUCUUCAUCAAUAUCCUAGCCAGAGUAUCACGCCACAACAGCAAGCAUCAAAACAGCUUUCACAAUUGUCAUCACCGUUACAAACACCAGAGCCAACACAGCUAUUUCAAUUCCCACAAGAAAAACAUCAAAAUCUUUCCCAACUAUUACUUUCUGUUCCUACACCCUCCUUUCCUACUCCUCCGAUACCCUCUGCACCAACACUAGACUUCAGAGGCCACGAUCUAGGGCAAGAGUAUAGACAAUCUCGAGGAUAUGACCAAGAAUCUGAAAAAGGAUGCCUUGCAUCCUCGCCACAAGCAAAAUUACCUUCUGAGAUCUUUCAAACCCCAAAGUCCUCCUUUGAUCUCCAGAUGAACACUUCAAAACCAAAUCCUAGCUCUAGCACAAUAUUAGGAGAGCAGAAGGUAUUGAGUCAAGGAGAGGAUGAUACACAAGUGCUAGGAAGCGAGAUGGAGGAAUAA